GCGAAUAAAAACAUCUCCGGGGCUGAGCCAGCGAGAGUUAAUGUCUGUAGUACUCUGCCCCUGACAAGCCUAAUGAGACACAGGUGGUCCCCUGGCUCGAGCAGACGCUGGUUCAGUGCCCAGGAUAGGGAGAGGGGGGUUCUGCAGUUCCAGGGGGUGGGGCUGGGGCCGCUGGCUGGGGCCCAGCACAUAACUCUGGGCGGUUGCAGUCUGGGGCAGCAGACACCCAGCCGCUCUGAGCUGAACUGGCAGCAUGAAGGCCCUCCUGGCCCUGCCGCUGCUGCUGCUUCUCUCCACUCCCCACUGCGCCCCCCAGGCCUCCGGGAUCCGGGGAGAUGCUCUGGAGAAGUCCUGCCUCCAGCAGCCCCUGGAUUGCGACGACAUCUACGCCCAGGGCUACCAGGCCGAUGGCGUCUAUCUCAUCUACCCCUUGGGCCCCAGCGUGCCUGUGCCUGUCUUCUGUGACAUGACCACUGAGGGCGGGAAGUGGACGGUUUUCCAGAAGAGAUUCAAUGGCUCAGUGAGUUUCUUCCGGGGCUGGAACGACUACAAGCUAGGCUUUGGCCGCGCCGACGGGGAAUACUGGCUGGGGCUGCAGAACCUGCACCUUUUGACGCUGAAGCAGAAGUACGAACUGCGAGUGGACUUGGAGGACUUUGAGAACAACACUGCCUAUGCCAAGUACGUCGACUUCUCCAUCUCGCCCAACGCAGUCAGUGCCGAAGAGGAUGGCUACUCCCUCUACGUGGCAGGCUUUGAGGACGGCGGGGCAGGUGACUCCCUGUCUUACCACAGUGGCCAGAAGUUCUCUACCUUCGACCGGGACCAGGACCUCUUUGUGCAGAACUGUGCAGCCCUCUCCUCCGGAGCCUUCUGGUUCCGAAGCUGCCACUUUGCCAACCUCAAUGGCUUCUACCUGGGUGGCUCCCAUCUCUCCUAUGCCAAUGGCAUCAACUGGGCCCAGUGGAAGGGCUUCUACUACUCUCUCAAGCGCACUGAGAUGAAAAUACGCCGGACCUGAAGGGCUGGCCCCAUCAAGCCCCAACGCCCCUCCCGCUGCUCAUCUCCAUGAGUGCUCCCCUGCUCUGCCUGUGCACCCCCUCUCCUGCGCCUAUGCCCCCCACUGCUGUGCCCACUCCCUAUGCUAGUUCUGCAGCUCUCUUGGCACCCGCUUCUCAUAGGGGGCUUUAUGGCUCUAGCCCCAGCUAAUCCUGUCACACCAGAGCAUCCACCUCUAAGCCAGGCCUCUCCUCCCCUCCACCUGAGGCUAUGCUGCCAACCAGCUUCCCAGGCCUCCUCUGAAAGGCGUGCUCAGCCUGGACCUGGCUGGGCUCCACAAGACUCUUGGCUGCCUCAGCCCUGUACUGACACUGUGAGCCAGGAGCUGCUCUUCCAGGCUGCAGGCUCUCAUGUUCCACUUUAGCUAGCCUCCUUAUGGUGGGCUCAUCUGUCGGGGCCAGCCUGGCGUGCUGGUCUGAUCAGCACCCAGAGUGUCUAGACCACCUGCCUGACCACCAUUACCACCCCAGCAGCCCUCUGGCUGUUCUCAAAGUGUCUCUUAUCCUUCGCUUCCCUCCCACCAACUUAUUCUCUAGCGGUGAGCACCAUGGACCCCCUAGCCCCAUCUCACUAUCAUACUCUGCUUUCCCUGCCCCAUCCCAAGCCCCCAAAGCUCAAUGCUAAAACUGUUCUUCACCACAGCUACUGCACACCACCCUAAAACAGCCACAAUCGAGGUAGGCAUAGAUAUGAAGUCCUCCCACUGGUCAGGGCUGAGGUUUGACCAUGUGAGGGGCACAGGACAACUUCUGUGAGGCUGGAAGCAGGUGGGGAGUGGAGGGCUCAAUAAACCUCAGGACUGAAUGAA